AUGUCUUAUCAUGUUCAAGACUUCUCUGCUCUGGAUGGUGGGCAACUAGAAUCUUAUGCAAAUGGACUUCAAUUAUCAGGUUACUGUGAUGGUAUGGCCCUGGGCCAAGAAUAUAGUUUGCUCCAGAGUAUUUUGGUUGAUGGUGGCACACAUUUUGGUGUAUCUACAGUAUCUUUUGAUAAUUUUGAAGAAUUGUUAUGGAUGGGGAACCAAGGAGGUCAUUUAACUUCUUAUUCAACUGCUGAGUUACAAAAAUAUACAUCGUUCCAAGUUCAUGUUAGCAAUGAAGUUCGUGCAAUUGUUCCACAUGAUGCUGGUAUUUUGUCCCUCACAACAAAUUCUCUUCGUAUGUCUGCAAGAAGAGGACUUCCUAUGUUUAGCCACUGCUCUGAACAAGUCCAGAACAUGCAGUGCAUGGUUUUAACCCCAACUGGUACAUUGCUCAUGGGUGGUCAUCACAAAAAUCUUAUUGAAUUGGAUUUGAAUACUGUGGAAGAAAUAAACGUUGUUCAAGUGAGCGGAGAUAACUGUGCAAUCUUGCGUAAACAUCCUCGUUUCAUUUGUUCUGGUGAUAUCAGUGGAAAAGUUGCCUUACAUGAUCCAAAUACUCUAAGUGUUGAACACAUAAUAGAUUGCCAUUCUGGAAUGUUAUCUGAUUUUGAUGUUCAUGGUAAUCAACUUGUGAGUUGUGGUUUUUCUGCAAGGCAUGGAGAGCUGUCAGUUGAAAGGUUUCUGAAAGUUUAUGACCUGCGAGUCAUGAAAAGUAUGAGUCCAAUACCCAUGAUGUUUCCACCUUUACUUCUUCGAUUUGUACCGGCUUACAGUUCUCGUCUUUGUGUUGUUUCACAGACUGGUCAGUUUCAAAUGGUUGAUACUGAUAAUUCUGAGCAGUAUGCUUUAUUCAUUCAUCAAGUUGAAACAGGAGGUGCUGAUAUUCUCACUUUUGAUACUUCAUCUUCCUGUCAAGCAUUUACUUUCGGAGAUGCUGCUGGUUAUCUGCAUUUAUAUGGUGCUAGUAAUGAAGUUCAGUUUAAUCAGUUUAACAGACCAACUGAAUUUGCCGAUUCAGUUGAACCACUUCCUCCAAUUGAUAUCAACGAUGAGGUUACACCUUUAUCAACAGUUCCAGCCCCUCAUUGUGAUGGAAAGCUUUUGUCAGAUUGGCCAGAAGAAUUUUCGCAAGUGGUUUAUAGACCAACUCCACCAAUUGAUCCAUUGAUCUUAAGUACUAUGAAAAUGGUUGGUUCAAUUGGAUAUGCUCCUAAUCCUGGAAAUAAAAAGCGUAAUCAAGUUCCAUAUCAGUUUAAUCAGAACAAGCCAUCUCAAGAUUCACCUGUUCCAAAAGAUGUUGGUCCUGAUAUUGUUCCUCACAGGUACUUAAAACAAGAAAUUAAAUAUUCUAAGAUGGGUUUGGAUGAAAUAGAUUUUAAUCGUUACAAUCGGACAAGUUUCUCCGGUUUGGAAGCAAAUUUGCCCAAUUCUUACUGCAACAAUCUUAUACAGAUACUCUACUUCUGUGAACCUCUUAGAUCUGCACUUUUAAGUCACUUGUGUCAGCGUGAAUUUUGUUUGGCGUGUGAACUUGGCUUUCUGUUUCAUAUGCUAGAUACUGCUCAAGGCUUACCUUGUCAGGCGGCAAACUUUUUAAGAGCUUUUCGCACCAUACCAGAAGCUUCUGCUCACGGUCUUAUUGUUAACGAUCUGAAUGAAUCAAAGAAGCGGGGUAACUUGCCUACUCUAGUGCAGAGUUGGACUCGUUUUAUGCUUCAACAGUUACAUACUGAAACAUUAGAAGUCAAUGAUCAUUUACAUGAAGAAAAUAAUUCAGAGAAUUCUUCGAUCAUGAGUCAAUUGUUUGGAGCAAAACUUUUCAACUGUAACAGUUGCCGUUGUCGAAGUGAAACUUGCCAAGAAACAACUACUCUCUUAACUCAACUGUUAUAUCCUGAUUGUCGCUCUGCAGAUAAAGCAAACUUCCAGUAUUCUUUCAUGGAUAUUGUUCAGCGAAGCUUAUCUGUGAGACAGCACAUCACAGCAUGGUGCGAUAAUUGUAGUCGUUUCACCAGCAUGAUUCAAACAAAAUUUUUGAAAUCACUUCCUGACAUUCUUGUUUUGAAUUGUGGUGAUAAUAAGCAGGAGCUGGAGUUCUGGAAAAACCAAUUAAAUUUGUUGACUAAAUCCAGUGAUGGCUCUGUGAUGCAAAGUUUACCUGAUGUUCCUAUUAGAAGAAAAAAUUGUCGCUAUGGUGGAUUGUGCAAGAGAGUUGACUGCAGAUACUAUCAUGAAUAUCGAAACAUAGACAAGACUCAAAAUUCAUCAAAAAAUUCUGUAUCAUGGAUACCAUUUGGUUUGAAGCUUAAAUUAAAAGGAGGUGAUGUAAUUGUUACAGAGCCUGAUGAACAAGAAGAUAAUGUAAAUGAAGAAAAUGUGGAAACAGCCAUUUAUGAAUUAUGUGUUGUUGUCUCUGUUAUAAAUGAUCUUCAAGAGAAUGGACGAGAUAACAUAGUUACUUGUAUUAAAAUUGGUCCAAAUGCUCACAUUCGCCAUAAAGGAGGAGCAGCCUAUCAAUGGUAUUUGUUUAAUGACUUCAGCAUAAUUCCCAUUACUGCAAAUGAAGCUGUGUACUUAAAUUUCGAUUGGAAAAUUCCAUGCGUCCUUUACUUUUCAAGAGUUGAUCUGAAUAAUCGACACAAUUUAGAAGUUUUCAAUCCUGUAGAGAAGCAAGUGUUUCAUGAUGAUGUUUCAUUAGCGGCUAGAAGUGGCCAGUCUCACAUGACUUUCACUCCACUUACAAUUGAUGAAGGGACUGCUCAUGCAGGACAGUUGGUUGCAAUGGAUGCAGAAUUUGUUACAUUGAAUCAGGAGGAAGCUGAAAUUAGAAGUGAUGGUACAAGAUCAACCAUACGACCCUCCCAGUUAUCUGUAGCAAGAAUUUCCUGUGUUAGAGGGGGUGGUCCUUUAGAAGGUGUACCUUUUAUAGAUGAUUAUAUAUCUACUCAGGAACAGGUAGUUGAUUAUCUGACUAAGUUUUCUGGGAUUCAACCUGGAGAUUUAGAUGCAGCCAUUUCAUCUAAACAUUUAACAACUUUGAAGGCAACCUACCAAAAGUUGCGUUUCUUAAUUGAUUCUGGUGUUACAUUUGUUGGACAUGGUUUGAAAAAUGAUUUCAGAGUUAUUAAUUUAGUGGUACCACCUGCACAGGUUUUAGAUACUGUCUACCUCUUCCAACUACCUAAUAAAAGAAUGAUUUCACUUAGGUUUCUUGCUUGGCAUUUUUUAGAUCUGAAAAUACAAGCUGAAACUCAUGACUCGAUUGAAGAUGCAAAAACUGCCUUACAACUCUACAAGAAAUAUUUAGAGUUGGAGCAAUCUGGGAAAACGAAAGAGGCUCUUAAAGAAUUAUAUGAUGUUGGCAGACAGCUGCAGUGGAAAGUUCCAGGGAUUGAUGAAUAA